UCGUACAACUUUAUACUUAUUAUUUUAAACUUGAAAAAAAUAUAUAAUACAGAUUUCAAUAGUAGAUUAUUUCGAAAUAUUCAUUAAAAAUUUUUAACUAAAGUUGAGUGGCGCGCAUAAAACUUGAACUUUUUAAGAUAUCUACAUGCGCAUUGGAUUCAGUACUAAGGUUAGACAAUUUUGUUGCGUGUUAUUGUCGGUGCUUUUAAAAUUAUCAAAAUAAAAGUCACGUUUAAGAGUCUCGAGUUGUAAUAUUUCGAGCAAUAAUCCAAAAUGCCAGGCACACCGAUAAAAGAUGCAAAUGAUGCCAUAGAAAAAUUACGAACAACGGAACGUCCUCCGAUAACAAACCGUGAGCAUACUGUGCGGGAAAUUACACAAACCGAUAGACUGAACAAAAAAUUAUUAGUAUCACUUUUGGAACGAAUGAAUAAAUCAAACGGAGAGUUCGACAAAUUUAUGGAAGAAGGAAAUACUAGUUGUGAUUCUCAAAAUGACAACGAGUUUUAAGUAAGAUA